ACACUUCGAUCUCUUCUCUCUCUCUCUCUCGCGCGCCUCUGUCGGAUUUUCUUGCGCUUCUCUCUCUCGUUCACCCAACUUAUCUCUCCGCUUGCUCCAAAGCUUAUUGGUAAUGGAAUCUAUUACGAUGGGAUGAACAGAAACCAGUUUUCUCCAUAUCUAUCGAUACAAAACCAGUGAUCUUGUAUUUCAACAAAGGAACCUACAAUGUAUACAAGGGCAAUAAAAAGGAAUCAGAGAUGGGGUUUGGUAUUGCAGGAAUCCAAAUACCUAAUUAGGCCGAAAGUUCGUGACUUUACUUGUUCCCGGUCCUAUGGUCCUGCAAAUAUGUUAAUGCAUCAUUCAACUCAUGUUAGUUUGGCAAGAAAGUACCUCCCACAUUCAUUUUCUUUCCGCAGUAUUGCCUCUGGAAACUGUUUAAGUUUGUUUGGGAAUAGCCAGUUGCGUAGGUUUAGUUCUGAAGGUGAUGGAAGCAAUGCUAGUGAGAAUAACCAUAUGCCUCUGAAUAAUGGUGAUAAGUUAGACGAAGGAAAAACCCAGAAGGGAAAAAGUAGUUUUGUUGUUGGUCAUUCUGAUUCUCAUGCUCAACUUGGCGAACAAGACCAGAUUGAUUGGCUUAACAAUGAGAAACUUGCCACCGAGUUCAAAAAGAAGGAGUCACCUUUCCUUACUCGACGAGAAAGGUUCAAAAACGAGUUCCUUCGGAGAAUCCAACCUUGGGAAAGAAUUCAUCUCUCCUGGGACACCUUCCCUUAUUACAUCCACGAGUACACAAAAAAACUUUUGGUGGAAUGUGCAGCUUCACAUAUAAGACAAAAAAGUGCAACUUCCACAUAUGGCGGCCGUUUAGCUUCUUCAAGUGGAAGGAUACUGCUCCAGAGUGUCCCAGGAACCGAGCUUUACCGAGAGAGGCUAGUGCGUGCACUUGCUCAAGAUUUACAGGUGCCCCUGUUGGUUCUUGACAGCAGCGCUCUUGCUCCUUAUGAUUUUGCCGAUGACUGCAAUGAAGAAUCAGAAUCAGAUGAAGAGAAUGCAGAAUCUGAUGAGUGCACUUCAGAGUCAGAGGCUGAGGAAGAGAAUGACGCUAAUAAUGAAGAGUGGACAAGCAGCAAUGAGGCAAAAACAGAUGGCAGCGAUAUUGAUGAAGCUGAUGUUGAGGCAACUGCCGAGGAAGCCCUCAAGAAGCUUGUGCCAAAUUUAGAGGAGUUUGAAAAGAGGGUGUCUGAAGAAUUACAAGGCUCCUGUGAGGAGUCAAACACUGCGACUAUUGAGCAAUCUGAUAAAACCAAACGCCCACUCAAGAAAGGAGAUCGAGUAAGAUAUGUUGGGCCUUCCGUAAAGGGCGAAGCAAAGCGUAGGGUCAUUUUGGGGAAGAUUCCUACAUCUGAUGGUCAAAAGUGUGCUUUUACAGUUAUUCCUAACAGGAUACUCUCUAGUGGACAACAUGGAAGCGUAUUAGAGGUGAGUGGAAACAGUGUAGCUGUCAUUUUUGAAGAUAGUGGUGAAGCACCAUCAGAGGGAAGUGAGGAGAAACCCACAGAGGAGUCUCAGGCGCCACCUUGUUACUGGAUAGAUGCUAAAGACCUGAAGCAUGAUUUGGAUCUGCAAGCUGAAGAUGGUUACAUUGCCAUGGAGGCUUUAUUUGAGGUUUUGCAAUCCACACAACCACUUAUUGUCUAUUUUCCAGACUCGUCCCAGUGGUUGUCUAGAGCUGUACCUAAGUCAAAACGGAAGGAAUUUGUAGGUAAAGUUCAGGAAAUAUUUGAUAAAGUAUCAGGCCCUGUAGUUAUGAUUUGUGGGCAGAACAAGGUUGAGACAGGCUCAAAAGAGAGGGAGAAAUUUACUAUGAUACUCCCAAACUUUAGCCGCCUUGCGAAGCUGCCUCUUCCUUUGAAGCGACUCACUGAGGGACUCACGGGACGGAAGAGAUCAGAGGAUAAUGAGAUAUACAAGCUCUUCACUAAUGUUUUGCGCUUACAACCUCCUAAGGAAGAAGAUACCCUCAGAGUAUUCAAUAAACAAGUAGAAGAAGAUAGGAGGAUAGUGAUAUCUCGGAGCAAUUUAAACGAGUUGAGAAAGGUUCUUGAGGAGCAUGAGUUAUUGUGCACUGACUUAUACCAAGUGAACACCGACGGCGUGAUAUUGACAAAGCAAAAAGCUGAGAAAUUUGUCGGCUGGGCCAAAAACCAUUAUUUAUCUGCUUGUCCAAAUCCAAUUGUUAAAGGAGGGCGCUUGUAUCUUCCCCAUCAAAGCCUGGAAAUUGCAAUUUUGAGGUUAAGGGAGCAAGAAAUUUUUUCUCAGAAACCCUCGCAGAGCUUGAAGAAUCUUGCCAAGGGUGAGUAUGAGGGUAACUUUGUGUCAGCUGUGGUAAGCCCUGGAGAAAUUGGUGUCAAAUUUGACGACAUUGGAGCGCUUGAAGAUGUUAAAAAGGCAUUGAAUGAGCUGGUCAUUCUUCCCAUGAGAAGGCCAGAGCUUUUCUCCCAUGGGAAUCUCUUACGACCUUGCAAAGGCAUAUUGCUUUUUGGUCCUCCCGGUACUGGUAAAACACUCCUUGCAAAGGCGCUCGCUACAGAAGCUGGUGCAAACUUCAUUAGCAUAACUGGCUCAACCCUUACGUCAAAGUGGUUUGGAGAUGCAGAAAAACUUACUAAGGCUCUGUUCUCCUUUGCCAGCAAGCUAGCACCUGUCAUUAUAUUUGUUGAUGAGAUUGACAGUCUUUUGGGUGCUCGUGGUGGUGCUUUUGAGCACGAGGCAACUCGAAGAAUGAGAAACGAGUUCAUGGCAGCUUGGGAUGGUCUGAGAACAAAAGACAGCCAAAGAAUCCUCAUUCUUGGUGCUACAAACAGGCCCUUUGAUCUUGAUGAUGCUGUCAUUCGCCGUCUACCAAGACGGAUAUACGUUGACUUACCGGAUGCAGACAACCGGUUGAAGAUCCUGAAAAUAUUUCUUGCACAAGAAAAUCUGGAAGGCGAUUUCCAGUUCCACAAACUUGCACAGGAAACUGAAGGAUAUUCAGGCAGUGAUCUGAAGAAUCUUUGCAUUGCUGCAGCAUACAGGCCUGUCCAGGAACUGUUGCAGGAAGAAAACAAGGGUGCGAGAGAUGAGGCAAGUCCAUUGCUACGGCCGCUGAUGUUGGAUGACUUCAUUCAGUCUAAAGCCAAGGUGAGUCCGUCUGUGGCGUACGACGCAACGACGAUGAACGAGCUGAGGAAAUGGAACGAGCAAUACGGGGAAGGAGGGAGCCGGAGAAAGUCCCCUUUCGGCUUCUGAUGAUGCUAACCUCUGAAUCACAGUUAGGAAUCAGAACGAAGAGCCGAGUUUUGAGUAGGUCAAGCUUUUUUCAAGAUGUGGGUUUAGGGUUUUUCUCAAAGAGGCAGUGACUCUGGUUUCAGAAGAACCUCCAAAGGAAAAUGCCAAAUCCAAAUGUACCAAUUUAUAUCUCAGUCAAAUAAUUCUUUUUUACCUCUUUUCCCUGUAAUUGGUUUAACUGUUUGGUUUACUGCAUCAGAUAUUACAAACUCUUAAACAGUUUUUCCAUCUAAGAAAAAAAAAUCCAAACAUGAAAAUACCAUA